UCAGUUUGCUCGAAAGUCACCAACGCCCCCACCAAACCAACCUCUGAUACCCUUAGAUGUGUGUGAAUUUGACUUGGACGAAUUUUCUGCGACCAAAGUAUUAACAUAUACUUGCCUCGAGAACAGCCUUGAAACUCCAUUGCAAGAGAUCAUCGCAAAGCAAAGCCACUCAUUCAUUUUUCAGAAUGCCUGCGCCGACCGCUUUGAAGAACGCAGAGGAUGCCCCGCCCGUGGACGUUCCGCUCCCAGUUGAAGACAACGACGAGGAGUUCCUUUUAGAUGCGCCUGACGCUCUUCCUACCGAUGCGAACGUUCUUGUGCCUGUGGAGGAGAGCAAUGAGAAUGGAAUGGCUAUCGAUGAGGAAGGACGGCCUCGAUUUGCGCCUGCCAGAGAUAUUGACCCAGUUACCCGUGUGGAAACUCGCAAGAUCCCUAUUCCUCCUCACCGAAUGACACCUUUAAAACAGUCAUGGACUUCUAUCUACCCUCCUCUGGUCGAGCACCUCAAGCUACAAUGUCGAAUGAACAUCAAGCGAAAGACAGUCGAGCUGCGAUCAUCGAAGCAUACCACUGAUACUGGGGCACUGCAAAAAGGAGAAGAUUUCGUCAAGGCGUUCACUCUCGGGUUUGACGUGGACGAUGCCAUCGCGCUGCUGCGACUCGACGACCUCUACAUCCAAACUUUCGAGAUUAAGGAUGUGCGAACAAUGCACGGCGACAGCCAGGCCCGUGCUAUUGGACGAAUUGCUGGAAAGGAUGGAAAGACCAAGUUUGCUAUCGAGAACGCCAGUAGAACCCGAAUCGUGCUUGCUGAUUCAAAGAUUCACAUCCUGGGUGGAUUCAAGAACAUCCACCUUGCCCGGGAGUCGGUUGUGAGCCUGAUUCUCGGUAAGCCGCCUGGCAAGGUAUACGGCAACCUCCGAACGGUUGCGGCACGAAUGAAGGAGCGCUUCUAAGUGACGGAAGCUGACGAUAGACUUGGGUUGCUACAUACGGCGUUACGGGUGGACAGCAUUAUGAUCUUGAAUUAUGUGAACAAGGAUUACUCAGUUAAAAAUGGGAGGCUGUCAUAGCAUGUCGAUAACGAUAGAACAUUGAGAUGAAUCGAUUUGUCGCUUCGUGGAUACCCACCAAUACCCACGGGCCAACAACGCAUGAUUGUU